GGAGCAUGCAACUGAACUAUUACUAAAGUGCAUUAGAAGUUCGCAAUAACAACUUGAUGUAUAAAACUAGAUGUACAUUCAUAAAUGGAGAUUUUGCAGUAAGUUAAGACGUCAUUAAGGGAUCACCGGGUACAACAACGUAGUAUAAUUUGUAUCUCUCACUCUCCGAGGAAUAGCAAAAGCCCCAGAAUCGUGACAUCGUGUAGCGAACUGGCUUGUUUUGGUUUAGGUCAAAACAAUCAUGGCCCGGCGUGGACGCUUUCGGAAUAUCACAUUCGAUACCCCUGAGGAGGAGGAAAAGAAAAAUGAAAUUAGCUAUAUGCAACCGGAAAUACUGCCCGUGCAGUUCAUGGAGACCAUUUUAAAAGAGAGAGGUAUCAGCUCAUCCUUGUUAGUGAAUGCUGACCGGAAAACUAUUGUGAAAAUAUUUUACAAGCACAUCUCGCCCAAAUACCAACGUGAUUACCGUGAAAACAGAAGAGGGAAAAUCCUGAAGAGAGCUAGACAGAAGAGGGAAAGGAAAAUUGAGAGUGAAGACUGGAAGAAGUUGAUUAUAGACCCAAAGGAUAUUAAGAGUAGCUCACAUUAUUCUUCUUCAAAAUAUUCAAGUCAUGGUAAUUCAUCCAGGGAUCGUCUUAAGCCGCCACCUUCUGUUCAUAAAACUACUCCCAAAAGCUUAGAUGAUAUUAUAAUAAAAGAACAUAAAGUAAGAAGUAAUCGUGAGGAAGAAAAGAAUAGAGAUAAGGGUAAAGACGGAGAUAAAAGAAAAGAUGACGGAGAAAGACGGAAAGAUGACAUCAGCAGAGAUGUUAAGAAAAUUAAAUUAAGUAGCUCAUCAUCAGAAAAACGAAGGCAUGAAGAUAGUUCAAGUGACAGCAAACAGAAAGUCAAGUUGAAACGAGAUAUAUCAUGGCCGUAAGUUACAAAUGCAUUACAUUACAUAACUCUCGAGUGUCCAAGUAGGGGGGAUCCAUUCUGAUGGAUGUUUAAUUUGAGCUAACCCCUUUCUAAUGUAUUGUAUGUAGUUGUAAGCUCCAUUAACAUUUUCUAGUAAAAAUUGCACUUGAGGAGAGUUCUUUGCGGAGAUAUGUAUGUUUGUGAUCUCUUUGUCAGAAACUUGUUCAAGUCAACUUCACCUUCAUCUUUCAUGCAUAGUACAUUUUAGUACUGUUUAGGUAGCUCAUCAUACUUGGAUACUAUAGUACAAUUUGACUGUAACAGAGAAUGAUGUUCUUUAGUAUUUAUCUUAUGAGAAGACGUGCAAAUUUGUCAUUGGUGCAAUACUGAUUGCUAAAGUAGAAUCAAAAGAUUUACUUUAUAGAACUUCAUACCAUGUUUUUAUCUUUAAUGUAUGUCACUCAUUUUUAAUGUUUAAAUUUGACAGACUUAAUCCACUAAGUGUGGAAAGAGUGUUGCUGUAACUAAUAGAAUACAGCUGCAACUUUGGCUUUAGGUUUUUUUGAGUUAUGUUCAGUAUUUUCAAUACUGUAGUUUUGAGAACCUUGAGUGUUGCUAUACUGUGUAUUUUCAAUAAAAACACUAGUUUAAGAAUCAUUAGGUUAAUAAAUGUGCAUAUGCCUAUUUUCCUCAUGAAAGCUCUGUGGAAUUAGACAGGCUAUGUAGUGGUAUUGGUUUUAAGCUGUUUGCAGUAUAGCCACAGGGUUUCCAGAAUAUUGCUUGAAGAUAUCUUUUUUUUUAAAACUGGUUACACAUUUAUUAACAUUUAAACCUUUUAAUUUAUAUAUAGUACACAUAUAUUAUGAAACAAACCAAAGAGUCCUAAACUUGCAUAUUGGAUUUUCACAAAAUAUAACGCCCAAUUGUGAAGAAGGGAAGCAGCUGAAUAUUUGUUCUGAAUAGAUUAUAGCUAAUAGCUGACAAAUAAAAACCCAGAUAGAUAUAAAAAACAAGCAAGUGUAGAGAAGAUAUGCAUUGAUUAUGCUCACAAGCAACAGAACUCAAAGCUGGGAGGGAAAAGCCAUUGUACACCCCAAGACUAGAACAUUUGUUAUACAGUUGCCACCUUGCAAAAGGGAGUUUACCGAGUUUGGCUAACCAAGUUGCUAUAAAUAGAAUCAUGUCAGUUGAAGAUAGCACUGAAAUACUCCAAAGUAACCAUAUGUUAACAUUAUUUCCAUGUAGUGCACGCAGGGAACUUGAUAUGGAAAUGUUUAAUGAAUGAUAGGACAUAAUUUACCAUAUUGCAGAAGGAAGACUUCUUGUUUUUAAUUGAUCCUCCUAAAAUUUCAUUAUUUUUCUGUAUUCAUUUUUGCAUAGUUUUAGAUGCAGAAGUGAGUAACUUUUAUAAAUGUUGAAUAACCAUUAUAACAAUCUUGUCAGUACACCAUAUGAGGUUUUCAAUUUUGAAGUCUUUGGAUAAGACCUCAGGCUACAGUACUUUUUUAGACUUGUACAUAACUCAGGCUUGGUUUUGGUGUUUGUUAUAUAUGAACCUUGUGAACAAGCAUGAGAGAAUGUCUUUGAUGACUAGCUACAGAAAGUAAUAAAAACAUUCUUAGCUUUU